AUGGAUUCUGUACCAUUUACUGAACGACGUAAUGCAUUAACAAUGAAUAUUGAUGCAGAUGCAAUAGGAGAUGCUGCUGAUCGUCUACAUGAAUGUAAUAUGGAAGUUUUUAAUGGUUAUGAAAAUUAUAAAGGUUUAUCUGAUGAUGACUUUUUGAAUAAACUCGAUCAACUUGUUAUACUGGUUAAAGGAAUUUUACAAAAUGAAAAAGGUAUUAUUGUAAUCAGUGGAUGUGGUACAUCUGGUCGAAUCGGUUUUCUUGCAACUACAUUUUUUAAUCAACUUUGUCUUCAAAACAAUCUUCCGAAAAAAUAUCAUUAUAUUAUUGCUGGUGGAAAUAGUGCUCUUGUUACAUCAGUCGAAGCAACUGAAGAUGAUCCUGUCGUAGGUGCUGCCGAACUGAAACAUGUUAGUGAAUCAUUUGAACGCGUUCUUUUUAUUGGUAUAACUUGCGGUUUAUCUGCGCCAUUUGUUGGUGGCCAACUAGAAUAUUGUUUGGAUAAUCCAGAAAAAUUUAUCCCAGUUCUCAUUGGAUUUAAUCCUGUUUCAAUGGCACGACAAAUUCGCGUUCCUAAAUGGUCGGAGGGAAAAACAUUUUUUGGUGUUGCAUCACGAAUGGAAAAAACAUCGGGUGCACUCAUUCUUAAUCCAAUUGUUGGACCAGAACCGAUAUCUGGUUCAUCAAGAAUGAAAAGUGGUACAGCAACAAAAGUUAUGCUCGAUACAGUUUUCUAUUUGGCAUCGACUAAUACGAACGCUAAAGCAAGAGAUGUGAUUGAAGAGUUCAAAAUUACAAUUGAGAAAAUGAAAAAUGAAACAACAGAUAUAGCGAAUGUUAUUCAGCAAGCUGGAGACUGUUUGAUAAAUCAUGGCUAUAUUCGUUAUGUUGGUUCAUCGACAUUUGGCAUUUGGGGUAUGAUUGAUGCAUCAGAAUGCGUACCAACUUACAAUUCUUCUUACGAUGAUAUUCGUGGUUUUAUGACCAAUGAUUAUUUCAAGAAAAGUUUAAACCAUGAAUCAGCUGAUUCAUUGGUUUCACCUGCAUUGGACCAAUCAACACCUGAUGAUUUAUGGAAAAUAUUUCAAGAUUUGCCACCAUCAAGUUUAAUUAUUUUCAUUGAUCGAGAAUAUCAUUUGCAAAAAACUCUGGUCGAUAAACUUCAACAGAAAAAUCAUCGUAUUGUUUGGAUCAAGCUUUUGAGUACUGAAUCCUUAGAAGCGAAAUCUAAUGUGCAAAUGAUUGAUUUUAGUAAAUCGAUCACAUCAGCGGAUGUCAUUAAGCAAUAUCUAAUUGCUGAAUUGACAUUAAAACUAUGCUUAAAUACAAUUUCAACAGCGGCACAUGUUUUAAAAGGAAAAGUUUAUCAAAAUAUAAUGAUUGAUGUUCGCGUUAGUAAUAUAAAAUUAUUCUAUCGUGCUAUUGAUAUAAUUAAAUUAUUAACCGGUGCCGAUAAACAAACUGCAGAAAAAUGUCUUGUUCAAUCAAUUUAUCAAACCAAUGAUGAAAUCAAUACUCAAACUAUUGAACAACAUAUUACAGCUGUAGCCAAUAAUAAAAAUCAUGUUGUACCUAUUGCUUUAUUAAUGUGUCUUUCAAAUUAUUCGUAUACACAAGCUAAACUUCAAAUUGAUAAAUGUCCAAGAAUUCGUGAUAUUUGUACUGGCAAUAAUUGA